ACAACACGGGAUGCAUGUUUCGCCUAACGCGAGCACAUCUGCUCUAAGAAUCCUACAAAUAAAGACAUCAGAUUAAGCAAUACUUGAAUAUAACAAACUACAUUCAUGCAGCUAAUUUGGCCAGCUAUACGGAUACAAAAUAAAGUAGUUAGCCAGCUUGCUUGCUGCGACGUUGAUGAGUGGAUCAUGUUUAGCUAGAUAGCGAGUUACGUGCAACUUUAAAUGCAUUUCAAGUGGAAUUACCGAAGUAUGUCACAGCAAAGGGUUAACAUGUAGCUUGCUAGUUAUAUCGUUGACGGUGCCAACGCAAAUAAGGUUAUAACGUUACUUCUGCAGCAUGACUAGCUUACCUAAGCAGCAAGCUAGCCUGCUACCGUUUGCAACCGCUACUUUGCAAAACUUCAGUGAAGCACACAAACUCUCUUCUGCUCAAAGAGUAAAUGCAUGAUAAUUUAGACUAACAACAUAUGGAUUUCAUAGAUGCAACUUUUAUAUGAUUAGCAUUCUCGACCUUGGAUGUUGUAUUUGCCAAGACUGAUCUCUUCCAUCAUUACUGCUGCUAGUGCUAGCAAGCUAACUAGCAGCCUAUCAGAGGCUACAGAUUAUUUUAUUUUUUUACCAUGGCUCUCCUUUUCUCCAAACAACGUUUUUAAAACCUCUGCUGCCAUCGAAAAUAAAGUAUAUGCAGCAAAGAUGUGUGUGCAUAGUCGUUUUGAGUAAUGCCGAGCACUGUGAUUCAGAAUCCUACCCUCCGUCGCUCCCGACGGUAAGUAUGGAAAAUCUCCAUUCUGCUCUUCCUCCGCCAUGUUUCCAGGACGAGUGGGUAUCGCAGAGCGAGGACAGCGUCGUGAACCAUCGCGAGAAGUCUGUGAAACGAACCCGAAAACGCCGACUGCUGGCCACGCGCUUCUCCACCACAUGGAAGAGGAGUACAAACCAACAGCACGGGAAGGCCGUCUGCGGGGUAGAGGGAGCAGAGCACCGGAUAGAGCAGGGCUGACGGAGGAGGAGAUGAUGGCGUGGGCGUUCGGAUGAGUGAGACGGAGGAGGAGAUGAUGGAGGGAUGUGGUGUUUCAGCAGGGCUGACGGAGGACGAGAUGAUGGAGUGGGCGUUGCGGAUGAGUAAGAUGGAGGAGGGGAACGCGGCACAGAGGCGGCGGGAGCAGCAGGAGGAGGAGGACAUGAGGCUCGCCAUCGAGCAGAGUCUGAACGCAAAUGGCAUGCAGACUGACGGUGACCCCUGUGAGUCGUUGCCGUUGGCGAUGACCCCAGUUGCAGAAAGCCCCGCCCCCACCAGCGAAAGCCCUGCCCCCCCCCCCAGGCAGAGGCCCUGCUCUCUGAGUCGGAGCAAGAGGAAGCGAGACGUGUCUGCUGAGGACCAGUUCACCACGACAACCGCAGUGGGCGUGGCUCAGAGCAGGAAGCCGAGCGAUCCACUCAGCCAACCAGCAGCCCCGUCUGAGGCUCCGCCCCUCAGCAAAGAUGCUCCAGUCCCAGCUCUGCCUCCCUCUGAGGAGGUCGGCCCGUUCCAUGGCAGAGUUCUGGUCUCGGACUCGGAUCGGGAGUCUCAGGACUCCUCGGGGGUGUUGUGCCCCCAGGCCGGGGGCUCUCCCGUCUUCCCACAGAGCCCUUCCCAGAGGGCAGUGCUGCGCCUGGAGAAGCUGAGCCAGGCGCAGGAGCAGGACUGCCGCGCGGCUGGGUUUGUGCUCUGCUCGCAGAGCGACCCCGCCCCGUCUCCGCGGUUACGCCCCCCCUCGGACGGGCCGUGUCCCAAAGCGGCGCUGAACUCUCCGGAAACGCUCCCAAGCACCCCGUCGCCCCCCUGCCCCCCUCCUCCCAGCAGGCCCUCUGUCUCUGAGCACACGGCAAACCCGGAGCCGGCCAAUCAGAGAGGAGGCCAGCGCGAGGACGCAAACGGAGACGAGGGCGGUCGGGGUCGGACCCAGGGGCUCGGACGGGGAGCGGGCCGAAGCCGCCAGACGACCCUCGGGUGUGUGUCGGUGUCGGAGCGUGUUGCUGGGAGUGUCCUGCAGGGGGCAGUGCAGCCUGAGCAGGACUUUCGCACGCAGAUGAACCUGCACUGGUCAGACGGCGAGGACGAUGGUGAGGAACUCAUCCCUGCACAGGGGAAAGAAGAAUGCCCAAUUGUGACUCAGACCCUCAGUCCUCCAAGAUCCCAGAAUGCAGUUUGUGAGCAGAGCAGUCCCUCGGACUCUGAGUCCCUCCUCCAAAUUGUUCCCGGCUCGGUGCGGAGCCUGGUGUUCUCCCGGGAUGCUGUUGGGCUGAGAGCCCGGACCUCCGGCCCGGCCCAGACCUCCGGCCCGGCCCAGAAUCCCCCGUCCCCUCCGGGCAGCCGAAGCCCUCUGAUUGGUUGCGGUGCGGGCGGGGCCAGGGGCCCUCGCUGGAAGUUCACGUUCAGGAACAUGUACGCGGCUCCGUCUGCAGCGGCCUCCUGCAGCAGUGGGCGGGGCCCCACCGCUAACCCCUCCCUCCCGGGCCAGGCCACACCCCCUCACGCGGAGCGUACUGUGCUGUAUUACUGGGGCGUGCCCUUCUGCCCCCGGGGGCAGAACCCGGACACCUACACGCAGGUGAUCCUCUCGCAGCUGGAGGUGUAUGAGAAGAGUCUGAAGUCUGCGCAGCGGGGGCUGCUCCGCAAGGCCGCCUGGGGGGAGCCCCUGCUCCCUGCGCCCGUCAAACGGCCCUUCAGCCGCCGCGCGCGGCUCAAACGCCCCCGCCCCGCACGGCCAAUCAGGACCGAGGAGGAGGAGGAGGAGCAGGAGGAAGAGGAGGACCCAGGGGAGGCUCCUGCAGAGGAGGAGGAGGAGGAGGAGGAGGAGGAGAGGGGAGAAUCGCAGGGAGGCGCGGGGCCCAGCGGGGGGGCCCAGGACAGUGAAGCUUUCACAGCCCCCUCACAAUCACUGCUGGAGCAGAAAUCACCGCUGCCUGAAGAACCACCUGAAAAAUUCCCAUUUUUGCGGAGACGCGCUCUCCGGGAGAGGAGUCCUGCGGAGUCUGAGACACAGCAGCUGGAGGAAGAGCAGGAGGAGGAGGAAGAGGAGGAUGGAAUGUGUCCAGAGACUCAGCUGAGUGAGCAGAACUCACAGGAUGUGAAUAUGGACAGCCCUGCUGGGAGUCAGCCCAGGCCGGGGAGUGAGGUGAUGGAGGUGCAGGAGGAGGAGGAGGAGGAGCAGGGCUCCAUGGAGGUGGACCAGGCUGAGGAGGUGCAGGUCUGCGGUGAGAGGGUGGAGUGUCCCAUCUGCAUGCGGCAUUUCCCGCUGCCGCAGAUCGAGAUGCACGCUGCGUACUGCGAUGGCUCCGCCCAGCCCAGCACGCCCGACGACUCCUCACCAGUGAUGGUUCUGCGCAAGGGUGCCAGGAGGCCUGAAACCACAGAGGAAGACCAGCCUGGGUCCUCCAAAGCCACACAAGAGCCAUCGCCGGAGAAGUGCUUCCUGUGCCAGGGCCAGUUUCCUGUGAAGGAGUAUAGGAGCCAUGUGGAUGCCUGCCUUCGCCUGAAGUCCCACCCCACUCAGGGAGCGAAGAGUCUGCUGACGGCCUUGGAGCGGUCGGAGCAGAAGGAGUCUGAAGCUGGACCAUCUCAAGAACACAGUUUCAGUCACGCCGCCCCUGCCGAUGCUGACCAAUCGGGUGACAGCGGAGGCGUGGCCUUCAGCAACUCCCCAAUCAAGUCCUUCACGCCCAUCUCCCAGGUGACGGACUGCCUGGUGGACUUCAAGCGGCAGUACUCGGCCAAGCCCAGCCAGAGGGCCGGCCGCAAGAGGAAGCACCGCUAGCCGGGCCUGAGCCUCCCGUCCUCCUUCAGCUACUGCACGUUUUUAUAUGUCACCCUGUUUCUUACAAUUAUUUCAUAAUAUGCAAUUAAAUAAUUCCAGCAGUA